AUGGACGAUAUUGUCAUUCCUGACGAGGAUCUGUGGAGUUUCUUGUUUGAAAGGCCAGGAGGUCAGUCCGAUAGAGAGCAAGCCAUUUUUGUCGAAGAAGUUACUGGCCGUCGUUACAGCUGGGAAGACUCGCGACGGUUGUCUCUAGCGUUUGCGGACUUUCUGUACCGGCACUGGGGGUGGUGCAAAGGUGAUGUGCUAGCCAUUGUAGCCGGCAACACCAUCGAUAUUCCAUGCUGUCUCUGGGGCACUUUAUUUCUUGGGGGCGUCGCUUGUCCUCUGAAUCCUGAGUACAAAGAGGGAGAGCUCACGCCGCUGCUGCGCCGAACCGCAGCAAAGGGCAUCAUCACCCAGGCCGCCUUCUACCCAACGGUGGCGGCAACGGCUAAGGCAGCCGGCAUACCUUUAGAUCGAAUCAUGGUUCUCGAUGACACGCAGUCGACGCAGCACUGGAUGUUGGCUUCCGAAGAGAUCCUAUGCUCUGAUAGGCCUGACCGGCUGCAAGAUCUGCUAGCAAAACGGCAGGCAUCGUUGCCACACAGCGGAGAUUUGGCCUUUCUCAUGCAUUCGUCCGGAACCACAGGUCUACCCAAAGGCGUGAUGCUCAGUCAUCGAAAUGUGAUUGCGAAUCUACUACAGACUGCUGCAGUGGAUGCUGUCAACGGGCCUGAUGGACCCGAUCGGACUGUGUCAUUGCUUCCGUUUUUUCACAUAUACGGUAUAACCUUCCUCAUUAACUACACCCUAUUCCAAUCAUGGCCGACCUAUCUUCUGCCCCGCUUCCAAGUUGAGGCGUUCUGCGACCUGGUCGAACGGGAGAGGAUUACCUCCGUCUAUAUAGUUCCACCGAUUUUGAAGCGUCUACUCCAAAGCUCGUACGCGACGCGUGCGAAACUCCAAUCCGUGCGUCUUCUUACGUCUGGAGCCGCUCCGGUCAGCAAGGAGCUCCUUCAGGCUUUUGAUGCGAAAUUUGGCAUUCCCGUGCGGCAGGGCUAUGGGAUGACUGAAUGUUCGCCCCUCCUGUAUCUUCAGACCCGCGAGGAAGCCAGAACCCACGUCGGCACCGUUGGUCGUCUGGUCCCGAAUAUGCGCUGCAGGAUCGACCUGGAAGAUACCAGUCCCGUGCCUGACGCUCAGGCGGAGGAAGGGGAAAUUUAUGUCAGCGGCCCCAAUGUCUUCAUGGGCUAUUGGAAUCCUCCCUCCCAUAGCCACGCGUCUAGUGCCGACAGUCCCUUGACCCAGGAUAAUUUCUACCCAACUGGUGACAUUGGCUACCAGGACCCCGUCACAGGCCAUAUGGUCCUGACCGGUCGUGCCAAGGAUUUGAUCAAGUACAGCGGAUUCCAGCUUGCGCCGGCGGAGCUCGAGGGUGUUGUUCUGCAGCAUGAAGCGGUAGCAGACGCCGCGGUUGUGGGAGUGGACACGGGGGCGGGUGAUGGGUCCGAGGUGCCGCGAGCGUAUGUGGUGUUGAAGGAUCAGUGUAUAGACUUAGGGGGACUGGAGAAGGAGCUGCAGGAUGAGAUUGCAGAUUUUGUCGCGAAGCGGGUUAGUGGAUACAAGAAAUUGAGGGGUGGUGUGGUCUUUGUCAAGGAGAUACCACGGAAUGCCGGCGGGAAGAUCUUGCGGAGAGUGUUGCUAGACAGCUAG